AUGCUUGAGAAACCCUCCACGUUCGUUCCCAAUAUCGAGCAGCAUUUCCACCACGCGCGCGACGAGCAAGAUAAUGACCCAAUAGCUUUCAUAGUAUGGGUCCUGGGCGGCGUGGGCAAGACACAGCCGGUGCUCGUCUAUCUCUGGCGGUACUGCGCAGACUACACGCGAGACUUGAUGAAUAUACAUGAAAGCUACUGUUCGAUGUGCAGACAAGAACCGAACAGAUUCUAUUCUACAGCGCCGGCUGGGAUUGAGGACGAGACUGAUAACAGCUACGUCGACCUGACACGCAAAGGGCCUGACGAGAUUGCAUGUUCACGUCGAAGAAAAGAGCAGAAGCGAGGCAGUCGACUUAUUAUACACGUCACCACAGGUCGAUCAGGCGGGCGAUACCUCGGUCGAAGUCUCGGACAGAAGAUCGUGGACGAGAUCGGCUGCCUCGCACUUGCGGUGAAUCUGGCAGGCGUCACGAGUAUACUGACCACCUGGGAAACAUCGUUUCGAACCGUGCAAAUACCGUGUGAUGAGGCGAGUCCACUGCUCACGCUACUGUUCUUUCUAAGCGCUGAUGACUUGUUCCUGGACCCCUUCGGCAUCGGCGUCCUGUCGGUACAUAAUCCAAACGACGAAAUAGCGAGAUUGGGCAUGCUUAUAUCGCCUGAAGAAGUCCUUUGUGUGCGCGACUUUGAACGAGAGUGUUCGAAACUCUACGCGGUACUUGGUUGGUGA